AGCUCGAGGUAGCCUCGCGACACCUCGCGCGUUUAGUUGGCGCGCGGGAUCCCGGCGAUUGGGACGGUCGAAUAGAGACACUUCGUGCGAGAAAAAGAGAGUAGGGGAUAAGGGAGAUAUACGAGAGGAGCUAGAAAGAGAGAGAGUAACGAGCGACCGCACGACGAGUGACGACGACGACCCGAGACGAAGACGAAGACGACGAUCGAAUCUCUCUGAGAGAAAAAGAAAAGGAAAAAAGCUUCUCUCAUCAUUUUUCCAAGUUUUAUUUUUCGCGCGAGCUUGUAGAAUUCUCGAGUCGAGUGUGUGCGGCGUCUCGUUUGUCUGCUUCGGGGGGGUUGAAAAAAGUGAUCCAGGAAUAAUCGGCCAUUCACCGUCGCAGGUGUCGCCGAGGAAACACUCGGUUGAGGAAGGAAGAAAGUCUCCCUCUCUCGGAAGGAAAAGCGCUCAUCCUUCCCCUGGGAUAUCCGGAUACCCCGCUUCAAUACUCUGAGACGUCUGCGACUGACGAGCUACGAUAGACAUCGAGCUCGGGAAGAAACCGCGAAAGCAGGUUGGAUGGUGCCGCAGGUCGGCGCCGUUUGAACCGACGUGCCAGGCGAAGAGGACAGAUUCCUCCAUCGAUCACGCGAACGUGACCGGGUGUCCCGGUGUGUAGGCACAGGUGCGAAGGCGUGCCUCCACGAUGGGGGUCGCCGAUGACUUCGCGCCCAGCUUUACGCAGAAGCCGCAGCUGCGGCAGGAGGACGAUGGCAACCGGCUGAUAUUCGAAUGUCAGCUGGUGAGCUCGCCUAAACCCGAAAUCGCCUGGUUCCGCGGCGAGACCGAGCUCAGCCAGGAUGACAGGACCAACUUCAAGAUGCAGAGCAUCGGGACCAACAAGUUCCUGGUGGUACUCGAGCUCGACGACGUCAUCGAGACCGACGCCGGCCUUUACAAGGUCAAGGCGAAGAACAAGAUGGGCGAGGUUGCCGCCUCCAUCAAUCUUAACUUUAGUCCAAUGGAUGAGCCUAGAGAGAAACAAAUUGACGGUAUCGCGCCGACUUUUGCGAAGAAGCCCGCGAUAAGGCAGGAGGACGAUGGCAAACGGCUGCUGUUCGAGUGUCGCAUCACAGCCGAUCCCACGCCAAAAAUUACAUGGUUUCAUAGCGGGAACAUGGUCAAGGAUUCGCCAAGGCACAAGCUGACCGUCGAUAAAGAUGGCCAUUCGUACUUCGCCACUCUGGAAAUAAAAAAUGUGACCGUCGAGGAUGCUGGCAAAUAUAAGGUCACGGCGAAAAACGAGCUUGGCGAAUCUAACGCUACGAUUUCCCUGAACUUCGACAGCGACGAGGCGCCCGUACCCGAAGACGGUAUUAAACCGACUUUCACCGAACGACCGGUGAUAAGACAAUCCGACGACGGUAACACCAUCACCUUUGAAUGCCGACUUGUCGGCGAUCCGAAACCGAGUGUCAAGUGGUAUCACGGUACCGAGGAAGUGAAAGAAGGUGGACGAUUCAACACGUCACUGGAGCUCGAUCAGAAGCUGUAUCAUCUCGCGAGGCUGAGGAUCGACAGCGUGGCGAAGGCGGACGCGGGCGAAUACAGAGCCGUGGCGAAGAACAAGCAUGGCCAGGGAGUGGCGACCAUUAAUCUAAACUUCGAGGGUGGUGACAAACUCAAAAUACCGGACGGUAAGCCGCCGCGCUUCCCGAAGAAGCCGACGAUCCGCCAAGAGGGCGACGUACUCAUCAUGGAGUGCAUCCUGGAGGCACAUCCGGUGCCGGACAUAACGUGGUAUCAGGGUCAGAAAGCGAUCGCCGACAGCAAGCGCGUGAAAAUGUUGCGCAAGGCCACCAGCAAGGACACGUACCUGCUGACCCUCGAGAUCUCGAAUCCGACCAAGGCCGAUGGCGGAAAUUACCGUUGCAACGCCUUUAACAACUUCGGCGAGAGUAACGCCAACAUCUCCCUCAACUUCCAAGAGGAGGGCGCGGGUUUCGCUCCAUCCUUCAUCGAAAAACCUCGCAUCAUCCCGAACGAGAGCGGUACGCUGAUCACUAUGAAGUGCAAGUGUAAGGCAAACCCGAAGCCGGAGGUUACGUGGUUCCGCGGGACCAAUGUAGUCAAGGAAUCGUCGAAGAUCUCAAUCAAGACCAAGACGAUCGAAGAGGACAUUUACGAGCUUAUCAUGGAAAUAAAGGAUCCGUCGGGACCGGAUGGCGGCACGUACAGAUGUCACGUGAAGAACGAAUACGGCGAGAGUAACGCCAAUCUGAAUUUGAAUAUCGAAGCAGAACCGGAGCCAGAAGGAGACGGGCCGACAUUCGUCGAGAAGCCGCGAAUACAGUCGCAAAAUAAGGGCAAGCUCGUUGUUAUGGAUUGCAAGGUCAAAGCGAAGCCGAAACCGCAGAUUGUAUGGACCCACGCCGGUAAGGUGGUAAAGGAGUCUUCGAAAAUCUCCAUCAGCGUCGUCCAAGAGAAGGAGGACAUCUAUUACAUCAAACUGAGCCUCAACGAUCCAGGACCAGACGAUUCCGGCCUUUACAAAUGCAACAUCAAGAACGAGCUCGGUGAACUUAACGCCAAUCUUACUCUGAACGUAGAGAUUAUACCUGUAAUUAAAGAAAAGCCGAAAGUUGUGAAGAUCGUCAAAAAGAAGACCGUAGUGGUUGAAUGCCACGUUCUUUCCCAAUUUGCGCCCGAAUGCACCUGGUUUAAGGAGAAUCAGGCCGUUAAAGAGGAUAGCAGACACAAAUUACAUGUCGAGCAAGUCAAAGAAGGUGAAUUUGCCGUCAAACUCGAAAUCGAACAAAUGUCGGCGACAGACAAAGGCGUGUACAAAUUAGUAGCACGCAACGAAAAAGGAGAAGCUACCUCGCAAGUAGUGGAAGUGACAGAAAUUCCAGAUCAAGGAGAGAAACCGAAAAUUGUUACCGGCCUUAAAUCAAUUACUGUCGAAGAAGGCAAGACAGUUGAACUCAUCGCCAGUCUCGCAACGCAAGAUCGGAAAGUCACCGUUACGUGGUACAGAGAUUCAACGGUCGUUAAAGCGUCGAAGGACAUCAUGAUUUCUUUUAAUGGCCUGGACAUGAAACUGACCAUCACCUCGGCAUCGACGGAAUUGUCCGGAACGUAUAAAGUCGUCGUGAGCAACGAAUACGGGCAAGAUGAAUCGUCGGCCCGACUCGUCGUUAAAAAGAAAGAGGAGAAAAAGAAGGACGAAGAAGAGGAAGAAAAGAAGAAGAAAAAAGUUGAAAAGAAAGAGGAAGAGAAGAAGGUGGAGAAGAAGGUCGAAGAGAAAAAGGAGGAAAAGAAGGAAAAGAAAGAGGAGAAGAAAAUGGAGAUCUUACAGAAAGACGAAGAAAUUGUAAAUAAUGUUGAAGAAAGAAAAUCUAUUAAGAAAAAACCUGCCGAGAAAGUUGAAGAUAAAAAAGAAGAGGAAAAGAAAAAGAUUAUAAAGAAAAAAGAGCCCGAAUCCAAAGAGGUAUCUCAAGAAACUAAAUCCGAGAAAACUGUAACAGCUCGUAAAGAGUCAGUCAGCAGAGUGGAAGAACUCAAGACAGAAAGCCGUCGCAGCUCUAUUACCAAGACUGAGAUAACGGAUGAUGGCACUACAACACCACGACGUCUUUCUAUACAGAAGACGGAGGAAGAAGUCAAAGUGGAAAGCAGACGAUCCUCUAUCAUAGAGAAGAAGAAAGCGACCGUUGAAAAGAAAGAGGAAUCGACUACAAAAUCGAAAAGCCUCGGAAAAGCGGAAACACCCAAGGAUGAAGCUAAGCCGAAACCGGCAGAUGCGAAGGUGGAACCGAAAGCCAAACCCAAAAUGGAGGAAGUAAAGGAAGCACCAAAGGCUAAACCACUUAAACCAGACGAACCAAAGGAGGAACCGAAAGCUAAGCCUAAAGCAGAGGAAGUGAAGGAAGCGCCGAAAACCAAGCCAAAAUUAGACGAGCCAAAGGAGGAACCAAAAGCUAAACCUAAAACGGAGGAAGUGAAGCAUGAAACGACACUUAAGCCUAAACCAGAAGAAGACAAGGUCGAGGAAAAGUCUAAGCCUAAACCAGAGAAAUUAAAGGAGAUACCGAAGGCUCAACCAAAACUAGAUGAACCGAAGGUGGAAUCGAAACUUAAACCCAAAACAGAAGAAGCGAAGGAAGAGGAACCCGCGACGAAACUUAUGGCUAAACCACAAGUAUCAAAGAAGGAAGAAGAAAUCACUAAGAAAGGUCUGAAAUCUGUCAAGCAACUUGAGGAAGAAAAGAAAACUCAAGAGAAAGUCGAGCUUAAACCAAAGGAUGCCACCGUGACCAAACCGAAAUCCCGUAUACUACCACCGAAACAAGAAGUUAAAACCGAAAGCUUUCAGGGGAUUCAGCUUAAACCUGUUUCGAAGGAUGCGAAACAGCCUCAACAGGCUGAAAAUGGCAGGGUGGAACUUAAGAAAACCGAAAAGGCGGAGAAGCUCGAUGUAAAGAAGAGGAAAGCAUCGAAAGCGACAAAGGAGGGAGAUUACGAGCUUCCAGAGAUUCCAGAUUACGAAAGGCCCGUACUUGAAAAACCUCAGGAAUUCGAGUUUGGCGAAUAUGUGCCUCGCGAUAAGACGAAACUCGAUAGACCAACCACACAGAAAUUCGAAUCUAAGCCGAAAUUACCGGAGAUCAAGGCGCCCGAAACACCCAAGAUCGAAGUGAUCAAGGACGUGACACCAGUCGGCAGCAGGAAGGGCUCCUUAGUACCCGGAAGUGGCACCAGCAGUCGACGCGGUUCUCUCAUACCGCCUGAGGAAUUGGGUCGCAGACCUAGCCUGAUCAUCAGUGACGAGUUGGGAAAAUUACGGCCCGGUGAAGUGUUGGACGCAAAGACUAAGCCCGGCCGACCAGGCGCGCUGCAGGACAAAGAGCGUCGUCGUCCGAGCACAGCGGACAUCAGAAGACCCAGCGUGGCGGACCUCGAGAAUAAGAUCAAUCAACCUAGCACACCUCUGCGAGAUGUCGGACCAGCUGGACCACCCCAGAUCGUCGAUGUCCAGGAAUCGUACUCCGCCGUCGAAGACUCGACGGCGUAUCUCACCGUCGCGGUGGAGGGUACGCCCGCGCCAACUUUCAAGUUUUACAAGGGCAUUACCGAGAUUAUCGAGGGUGGCCGCUUCAAGUUCCUCACGGACUCGGAGACCAACACGAUCACCCUCUGCAUGAGGAAGACGAAGCCCAACGACGAGGGCACUUAUAAGAUCGUCGUGAGUAACAUCCACGGCGAGGAUUCUGCCGAGAUGCAGCUCUACGUUUCCGACGCCAGUGGCAUGGACUUCCGUGCUAUGUUGAAGAAGAGAAAGUAUCAAAAAUGGGGACGAGAGGAGGCCGAGCAAGAAAAGGUGGAUUUGAAAGAAGUCGAGAAGCCUCUGCCGGCGUUGAAGAAAGUGGAAAAGAAACAAGAGAGCUUCUUGAAGCCACUGGUGGAUCAAUAUGCCAAGGAGGGCAAGGACAAGAAGGUCGUCUUCGAAGCGAACUUUUCGAAACCGAAUUGCAAACCGAAAUGGUUCUUCCGAAAGGACGAAUUAUUCGCAUCGGCCAAAUAUAAAUUUAAAAAUGAGGAAGAUUGUUAUCAGCUCAUCAUCACUGGACCUAAAGUCGAAGAUACUGGAAAAUACACGAUCGAAAUUGCCGGUGUGUCCAGCACAGGGUUCCUCAACGUGGAUGAACCUGAUCCAACGUUCACGUUUACGAAACCGCUGCCGAAGAAGAGCAGUGGCUUCACUAAGCACGAGACUUACAUGGAGUGUACAGUCAGUUCAAAUCUGGCGCAAGUUUCUUGGUACAAAGGCAAGACGAAACUCGAGGAUGGAGAUCAGUACAGCAUCUCCAAAGACAUGUCCGGUGUAUGCCGGCUAUCGAUUAAGAGCGCAACCCUCGAGGACAGUGGCGAAUAUACUUGCAAGAUAAACAAACAGACGGACAAGACUGACACUGUUCUCACUGUAGUCGAAUAUCCUUACAAGUUCGUCAAAGUGUUGAAGCAUCAGCAGCUGGUAGAAAAGGAGACACUGACUUUGCUUUGCGAACUCGACGAUGCUGCGGGUGAAGUUCAAUGGUUUAAGGGUGACCAAGCGAUUACACCUGACAAAAGAGUGCAGAUCAAGGAAGAUGGCAGGAAACGAAAGCUCAUCAUUAAAGACUGCAAAGUCACCGACGCCGGGCUGUAUUCUUGUGUGAGCAAUGCCGAUAAGACAGAAGCGGAAAUCGUGAUUAAUUAUGCCAAUCGCUUCAACAAGAAGUUGAAGGAUACGGUAGCGAUAGAGAGAGAGAAGCUGGUGUUGGACGUUGAGCUUCAGGAUCAGACCGCACCAGCCAUAUUCUACUUCAACGGCCAAAAGAUCGAGCCCAACGAGAGAGUAGAGAUCAAGAAUCUCGGCGGUGGUAAACAUCAAUUGAUCUUCAACAAAGUGGAGAUGACGGACGACGGUGAAAUCAUGUGCGAGAGCGGUCAGCUGACCAGCAGUUGCAAACUCACCGUGAAGAAGGGCGAGAGCAAGCCUAUCGUCGAUUUCCCCGAUAAGGUCGAAGGGCCUUGCAGUUCACCACUGAUCUUUGUUGUGCCUUUUAAAGUCGAUGGCACCAAGCAGAGUCAAGUAGAAGCAAAACUGAUGAAAGAUGGUAAACCGCUACCUCUCAAGGAUGUUGAGAUCGUUGUCGGCGAGGACAAAGUUACGUAUAAGAUCAAGAAACCUCAGCGCGAGUCAUCUGGAGUCUAUCAGAUAAAGAUCGGAAACAAUCAAGGCGAAGAAGUAAAGGACGUCAACAUUGUUAUGCAAGAUGUUCCAUCUCCGCCGUACGACGUCGAGGUCAACGAGAUUUUCCAGAACUCCUGCGUUGUAUCGUUUAAGCCAUCUAAAGAUGAUGGCGGCACUCCUAUCACGAAAUACAUUAUCGAGCGUCUCGAUCUCAGCUUGAAAUCUCAGUGGGAUAACGUAGGCGAGGUCAUGUCGGGCGAGAAAUGUGUCUACAAAGUUGCAGAUCUUGUUGCGAAGAAGGAGUACAAAUUCCGCAUACGGGCCAUAAACAAGCUCGGUUCCAGCGAACCGGCAAUGUUCGGCAAGCCUGUCUUAGCCAAGGAUCCAUGGGAUGAGCCAGGCAAACCGACGAACGUCGAUGUAACCGACUGGGACAAGGAUCAUGCUGACUUGACGUGGACGAAACCAGAGAAUGACGGUGGUGCACCGAUCACCGGUUACGUAAUCGAGUACAAAGAGAAAUUCGGCAAGGAAUGGGUGAAGGGCAAAGAGAUCGAGGGCGACGUUACUCAAGCGACUAUUGACGGUCUCAAGGAAGGCACGCAAUACGAAUUCAGGAUACGAGCGGUGAACAAGGCCGGUCCCGGAGAACCGUCCGACGCCACGAAGCCGAUCAUUGCCAAAUGCCGAUUCGUCAAACCGUACAUCGUCGGCGAUGGUCUCACAAAUCUGGUUGUCAAAAAGGGCCAGAUCAUCAAGUAUGACAUUAAGUAUGCUGGCGAACCAGAUCCGGAGGUACACUGGUUCCUCGGUCAAAAGGAGAUUGUCCAAGACGCAGCCGAGAGGAUCACGAUCGACAAAUAUGAGAGAAAUACUGUAUUGACGGUCAGAAAGACUACCCGACCUGAUUCCGGAAAAUACAAAUUGGUGUUGACAAACAGUUCCGGUACAUGCGAGAGCAUUGCUGACGUCGUCGUUUUAGACAAACCAUCGUCUCCGCUAGGACCUCUCAAAGUGGAAGAAGUCCGCGCCGAUCAUGUCAAGGUCAAAUGGAAUUCACCCGAAGACAAUGGCGGUACCGAUAUCACGGGUUACGUGUUGGAAAAGAUGGACUUAGAUACUGGACGAUGGAUUCCAGCAGGAGAAGUCGGUCCCAAUGAGAAAACCUUUACGUUCUCUGGGCUGACACCGAAGAAAAAGUACAAGUUCCGUGUCAAAGCGGUCAACAAAGAAGGCGAGUCCGAACCCUUAGAGGUUGAGGAAGCUAUUCUCGCAAAGAAUCCUUACGAUGAGCCUGGCAAGCCUGGCAAACCGGAGAUUUUCGACUACGAUAAUGUCAGCGUGUCAUUGAAAUGGGAGAAACCAAAGAGCGAUGGUGGUAGACCGAUCACUCACUACACCAUCGAAAUGAAGGACAAAUUUGCUGUCGAUUGGGUUGAAGUGAUGAAAACCACCGACGCGACUCCCGAGGCUAAAGUUGAAGGCCUCAAGGAAAAGAUGGUGUAUCAAUUCCGUGUUCGUGCUCACAAUAAGGCUGGUCCUAGCGAGCCCAGCGAGCCCACGGACAAUCAUCUUUGCAAACACAGGAAUUUGAGACCAAGAAUCGAUCGGACCAACUUCAAAUCCAUCAUCAUCAAGGCUGGUCGCACGCAUAAAUGGUCUGUGGACGUGACGGGUGAACCACCGCCGGAAACAAAGUGGAUUUGGAGAGAUAAUAUUCCGCUGACCAAUACCGAACGUAUCAAGAUCGACAAUGUCGACUAUCAUACAGAUUUCACGAUCAUCAAUGUGAUGCGCAAGGAUACCGGAAAAUAUACCCUAAUCGCCGAAAACGCUAACGGCAAGGAUGAGGAAACCGUCGAACUCACAGUACUUGGAAAACCGAGUGCUCCUAGAGGACCUCUAGAAGUAAGCGACGUCACUAACACCACGGCCAAGGUGAAAUGGGAGAAACCGGAAGAUGACGGUGGUGUGCCGAUCAAAGAGUAUGAGAUCGAGAAGAUGGACACAAAAACUGGAAAAUGGGUCAGAGUGGGCAAAAUACCUGGAAAUUCGCCGAUCACGGAAUUUGAAGUGACUGGCCUGAAUCCCGGAAGCGAGUACAAGUUCCGGGUGACAGCUGUCAACGACGAGGGCGAUUCCGAGCCUCUGGAAAGCGAGCGCGGCGUCAUCGCAAAGAAUCCAUAUGACGAACCUUUGAAACCUGGAACUCCCGAGGUGACCGAUUACGAUAAUGAAUCCAUAAGCUUGAAAUGGACUCCGCCCGAAUUUGAUGGUGGUGCGCCGAUCGAAAAAUACAUUAUCGAAAAGAAGGAUCGCUAUAAGCCUGAUUGGGAGAAGGCUAUUGAGGUUCCUGGAAAUCAGCUUGAAGGCAAAGUACCCGAUCUGAAAGAAAGGGGCGAAUAUCAGUUCCGAGUCAUCGCUGUGAACAAAGCCGGACCUUCGCCGCCGUCAGAUGCAUCGAAGAUGCAAAUCUGCAAGCAUAAAGCUCUGAAACCGAGGAUCGAUAGAACUAACUUGAAACCGAUUAUCGUGCGAGCCGGCAAACUCGUCAAGUACGACGUAGAUGUGCGCGGCGAACCACCGCCGGAGAUUAAGUGGUAUCACGCCGGUAAUGAAGUGAAAUCCGCAGAGAACAUUGAGAUAGUUAACAUCGAUUACAACACGAAGCUUACCAUCUCUGAUAGCGUGCGGAAGAAUACCGGUGUGUGGAAGAUCAAAGCUGUCAAUCCUCACGGCGAGGACGAGGCAGAGGUUGAAGUAACGAUAUUAUCUGCUCCCGGGAAACCAAAAGGACCGCUUAAAGUGUCGGACGUCACGAAGAACGGUUGCAAACUUAAAUGGGGUAAGCCGGAGGACGACGGCGGCAAGCCGAUCACUGGCUACCAAGUGGAAAAACUGGACAAAACGACUGGCAGAUGGAUACCUGUCGGUCGUACUGCGGAUACCGAGAUGGACAUAAAAGGUCUUCAAGAAGGACAUGAGUAUGAGUUCAGAGUAAAGGCUCUGAAUGAAGAAGGAGAAUCAGAGCCGCUCGUGACAGAUAGCUCCACGCUUGCAAAGAAUCCUUAUGAUGUCACAAGCAAACCUGGAACACCAGAAUUGGAAGAUUGGGACGUCGAUCGCGUUGAUCUUAAAUGGGAACCUCCGAAAAAUACCGGCGGUGCACCGAUCACUGGCUAUAUCAUCGAGAAGAAGGAGAAACCCUCCUCGCAAUGGGAGGAAGCUGUCGUCACGGACUCCCCACAACCUAAAGGCCGCGUUACCGGCUUGAAAAAAGGUUCCACUUAUCAAUUCCGUGUUCGCGCUGUUAACAAGGCUGGACCGUCGGAGCCCAGUGAUCCGACCAAACCACAUGUUGCUAAAGCAAGAUUCCUGAAACCACAUAUCAAUCGUGACAAGCUGCAGACUAUCAAAGUCAGAGCAGGCCAGUUAGUGAAAUUAGAGGUUGAUAUCGAAGGUGAACCUCCUCCAACUGUUACCUGGAGUUUUGCUGGCGCUCCACUUCAAACCGGAGCAAACGUUAAAAUCGAUAACGAAGAUUACCUCACUAAAAUCCAGUUGACAAACACAAGUCGCAAAUUAACUGGCAAAUACACCAUCAAAGCUGUAAACGAUUCCGGACAAGAUGAAGCCGACGUGGAGAUUAACAUUCUCGAUAAACCUGGAAAACCGGAGGGACCAUUGGAAGUGACGGACGUACACAAGGAGGGUUGCAAAUUGAAAUGGAGCAAGCCGAAGGACGACGGUGGUCUUCCUUUAUCCAGUUAUAUAGUAGAAAAAAUGGACGUGACGACUGGUCGAUGGGUACCUGCCGGUAUUGUGGACCCUGAAAAAACCGAGCAUACAAUUACUGGCUUGGAACCUGGCCACAAAUACGAAUUCCGUGUGAAGGCUGUGAACGAGGAGGGUGAAUCAGAACCUUUGCAAACUGAUGUCGCCAUCAUAGCCAAGAAUCCAUACGAUGCUCCAGCAGCACCUGGACUCCCAGAGAUAAUUGAUUGGUCAGAAAAUAUGGUGAAACUCAAGUGGGAACCACCGAUAAGAGACGGCGGUGCGCCAAUUACCGGAUAUAUCAUCGAGAUGAAGGAUAAGUUUGGUAGUAACUUUGUCAAAGCGGCUGAAGUGGAAGGGCCCAUAUGUACUGGCACAGUUCCCCGGUUGGAAGAGGGCAACCAAUAUCAAUUCAGGGUACGCGCUGUCAACAAAGCUGGUCCUGGUGAACCUAGCGAGGCCACGAAUCCGCACACUGCUAAAGCUCGUUGGCUGAAACCAUAUAUUGAUCGUACAAAUUUGCAAGCUAUAACAGUGAAAGUCGGCCUCACCGUGACCCUAGAUGUGAACAUAAUUGGCGAACCACCACCAAAAGUGACUUGGACUUUCAAGGAGAAGGAACUCGUGUCGGAUGAUACGAUACGAAUCGACAACAUUGACUAUAACACUAAAUUUUUCAUCUUGAAAACUAAACGUGCACAUACUGGCAAAUAUGUGAUUAAAGCUAAGAAUGAGGUUGGCGAAGAUACCGCCGAGAUAGAAAUUACUGUCCUCGGCAAGCCUAGCAAACCAAAGGGUCCGUUGGAAGUUACUGAUGUAAAUAAGCAUGGCUGCAAGCUUAAAUGGGACAAACCGGAAGACGAUGGCGGCUCACCAGUCGAGUAUUACGAGAUCGAGAAGCUGGAUCCUCUUACGGGACAAUGGAUUCCCUGCGGCCGCAGCACCGAGCCGGAAGCUACCAUCACUGGCCUCCAAGAGGGCAAGCCUUAUAAAUUCCGCGUGAAAGCCGUCAACCGGGAAGGAGAGUCCGACGAUCUGGAGGCAGACAAGUCUAUCAUAGCCAAGAAUCCGUUUGAUGAACCGGGCAAACCUGGUAGACCGGAACUCAAGAACUGGGACAAGGACUUUGUCGAUCUUGAGUGGACUCCGCCCAAGGAUGACGGAGGUGCACCGAUCGAGAAGUACAUUGUACAAAUGCGAGACAAAGAGGGUAGACUAUGGGUCGACGUCGCCAAGGUUCCGGGAGAUCGCACGGCCGCUAAAGUGACCGACGGUAUCCAGGAAGGUCACGAGUACGAAUUCAGGAUCGUGGCGGUCAAUAGGGCCGGGCCUGGCGAGCCUAGUGACAGUUCGAAGAGCGUAGUUGCCAAGCCUCGAUUCUUGGCACCGCACAUCGAUCGCAAGAACCUUCAAAAGAAAGUCAUGCGAAUCGGCCAAAUGCUGCGGCUCGAAGCUGACAUCAAGGGUGAACCGCCUCCAGUCGUUACGUGGAAACUCAAGGACACGGUAUUGAAGAGCAUGGAUCGGCUCAAGAUCGAGAACGAGGAUUAUCAUACUCUGUUCAUCCUCAAUAAGCUCCAGCGCUCGGACACUGGUACUUACACCGUCAUCGCUAAGAAUGACAGCGGCACUGAUCAGGUCGACGUCGAGCUUCAGGUGCUGAGCAAACCCAGCAAACCGAAGGGACCACUCGAAGUAUCUGACGUCACGGCCGAAGGCUGCAAGCUGAAGUGGGACAAACCCGACGACGACGGUGGCGAGCCGGUUGAUCAUUACGUCAUCGAAAGGAUGGAUGUAGAUACAGGACGUUGGGUACCAUGCGGCACCAGUAAGACACCGGAGGCAGAUGUUUCCGGUUUGAACGAGGGCAAGGAUUAUCAAUUCCGUGUCAAAGCUGUUAAUUCUGAAGGCGAAUCCGAACCUUUAGAAACGUCGAUACCGACGACCGCGAAGAAUCCUUACUCCGAGCCAGAUGCGCCUGGUAAACCCGAAUUGAAAGAUUGGUCGAAGAAUCAUGCAGACUUGAAGUGGAAGGCCCCGAAGAAAGACGGCGGCGCUCCCAUAGAGAAGUACAUCAUCGAGAAGAAGGACCAGUACGGUAAAUGGCAAAAGGCCGUAGAAGUUCCAGGCAACAAGACCGAAGCCAGAGUGCCAGAUCUCAUCGAAGGUCAAAAGUACCAAUUCCGGGUUAAAGCUGUGAAUAAGGGUGGCCAGAGCAAGCCCAGCGAGCCCAGCGAUACCCUAACCGCCAAGGAUCGUUACGCUGCCCCCAAGAUCGACCGUACCAAUCUGAAAGAUAUCACGAUCAAAGCUGGCAACAUUAUUCGGCUGGACGUUAAAGUUACAGGCGAACCGCCGCCAAGUAAGACCUGGUUCCUUAACAAGGCCAAACAAGAGUCCGGUAACGUUUUGACUAUCGAGGUAGAGGAUUAUAAGACCAAAUUCGUGAUCUCGUCGGCGACCAGAGCGCACUGCGGCACGUUGACCUUGAAGGCUGAGAACAGCUCCGGCAAAGAUGAAGCAUCUAUUGAGAUUCUUGUAUUAGAUAAGCCGAGUAAGCCCGAAGGACCGCUCAAAGUAUCCGACGUGCACAAAGAAGGUUGCACCCUCAAAUGGAAUCCACCCUUGGACGAUGGCGGCGCGCCCUUGGAUCACUAUGUGGUCGAGAAAAUGGACACGGAGACCGGCAGAUGGAUACCAGUUGCACGAACCAAAGAACCUAACAUGGUGGUGGAGAAUUUGGUGCCCGGACAGGAGUAUAAAUUCCGAGUCGCGGCUGUAAACGCUGAGGGCGAAUCGGAACCGUUGGAAACGGAGCAUGGAAUCGUCGCUAAGAAUCCAUUUGACGAACCUGGCGCACCAGGACGUCCGGAAGCGACAGACUGGGAUAAGGAUCACGUGGAUCUGCGAUGGACUCCGCCGUUGAAAGACGGCGGAUCUCCAAUCACCGGAUACGUGAUUGAGAAGCGAGAAAAGGGCGCACCUAAAUGGAUCAAAGCCUGCGAGACCGGACCGGAUUGUAAGGGUCGUGUCGACAAUCUCGAUGAGGGUGUCGAAUAUGAAUUCAGAGUUAAAGCUGUCAAUGCGGCGGGACCUGGCGAACCAUCCGACGCCAGCAAACCGAUCACUGCCAAGAGUCGAAGACUUGCACCGAAGAUUGAUAGACGAAACCUGCGUGACAUAACAGUGCGCGAGAACGAAGCGUUUCACUUUGAUGUCAAGAUCAUCGGCGAGCCGCCGCCAGACGUCACGUGGGUGAUCAACAACAAGAGCAUUCAGCAGACUACACACCGUAGGAUACAGAACGUACCCUACAAUAGUAAAUUCUUCAAUGAUAAGCCCGAGCGCAAGGAUAGCGGCACUUACAAGAUUACAGCGGUCAAUCAACACGGAUCCGACACCGCUGAAGUCGAAGUUACCGUUAUCUCCAAACCUGGCAAGCCGGAAGGACCAUUGGAGGUAUCUGAUGUGCACAAGGAAGGAUGCACGCUUAAAUGGAAGAAACCCAAGGAUGAUGGCGGAGAACCGAUCGAAGGUUACCUUGUGGAGAAGUUUGAUCCGGAGACCGGAGUCUGGUUACCGGUCGGAAAAACCACCGGACCUGAGAUGAAAGUCGAGGGACUUACACCUGGACACGAAUACAAAUUCCGAGUCAAGGCACUCAAUAAGGAAGGGGAAUCCGAACCGCUGGAGACCUUUAGCUCCAUCAUAGCUAAAGAUCCGUUUACCGUUCCAGCUGCACCUGGAGCACCAGAGCCAGUCGAUUGGACGGCUAAUCAAGUCGAGCUUACUUGGAAAGAGCCCGUCAGCGACGGCGGAUCGCCCAUCACGGGCUACAUCAUUGAAAAGAAAGACAAAUACAGCACAAUGUGGGAGAAAGCUUUGGAGAUCGAAACACCGGUCACCAAAGCUCUGGUGCACGGUCUGAUAGAAGGCAACGACUAUCAAUUCCGCGUAAUCGCCGUGAAUAAAGCUGGCCAAUCUGAGCCCAGUGAAGCUAGCAAGACGUUCACCGCUAAACCACGUUUCUUGGCCCCGAAGAUCGACAGGCGCAAUCUGAGGGACGUUACUCUCUCUGCUGGCUCGAUGCUGAAAUUCGAUGCCAACGUGAUCGGCGAGCCCCCGCCCCAUAUCGAGUGGCGCUACGGUGCGAUACCGCUUCAUUCCGACCGCAAAGUGCAGAUCGACAACAGCGACUACAGCACCAAGUUCAGCAUACGUCCGGUUUCGCGGGACGAUAGUGGCGAUUAUACCGUCACGGCCAGUAAUUCGUCAGGCAAGGACUCGGUGACAGUUCAGGUGACAGUAACAGACAAGCCGACGCCGCCUGAAGGUCCGCUCCAAGUGUCAGACGUGCAUAAAGAGGGAUGCAAGUUGAAGUGGAAGAGACCUAAGGACGACGGUGGUACGCCUAUUGAGUACUACCAGGUGGAUAAGAUGGACCCGGAGACCGGAUGCUGGGUACCUUGUGGUCGUUCCACCGAACCAAAUCUCGAGGUGACAGGUCUAACACCUGGCAAGGAGUAUCUCUUCCGGGUAUCCGCGGUCAAUGCCGAAGGCGAGUCGAAGCCUUUGGAAGCGGAGCAAACAAUAGUGGCCAAGAAUCCAUUCGACGAGCCGGGCAAACCGGGUAAUCUUCAAGCCACCGACUGGGACAAGGAUCAUGUCGAUCUCAAAUGGACUCCACCGGAGAAUGACGGUGGUUCACCAAUCACCGGUUAUAUAAUCGAGAAAAAGGACAAGUAUGGCGAAUGGGAGAAAGCGUUGGAGGUGCCCGCGGACGAGACAUCCGCCACCGUGCCGGAUCUUAUCGAGGGACAACCGUACGAGUUCCGCGUGCGAGCCGUGAACAAAGCUGGUCCAGGCGAGCCAUCGGACGCCACUCCAACCAUCAUCGCGAAACCGCGCAAUCAGGCGCCCAAGAUUGAUCGCACCAACCUAAUCGAAGUGAAAAUAAAGGCCGGCCAGAACUUCAACUUUGAUUGCAAAGUGACGGGUGAGCCGCCGCCAACGACCAAGUGGAUGUUGAACGGCAAGGAAGUCCGGCCAACCGAUCGCAUCAAAGUGAAACACGUGGAUUACAACACAAGUCUGAACGUACGAAUGGCCACGCGAGCGGAAUCCGGCAAGUAUACCGUCAUCGCGGAGAACAUUAACGGCCGAGACGAGGCCUUUGUCAAGGUGACUGUAUUGGAUAAGCCAAGCCCGCCUCAAGGUCCGCUACGUACAUCCGAUGUGCACGCCGAGGGUUGCAAACUCACGUGGAAGCCACCGGAGGAUGACGGUGGACAACCGGUCGAGAAAUAUGUCGUGGAGAAGAUGGACGAGGCCACGGGACGUUGGGUGCCAGCAGGGGAAACUGACGGUCCAGAAACGAAUUUGCAAGUGGAAGGCUUGACGCCAGGGCACAAAUACAAGUUCAGGGUGAGGGCUGUUAACAAACAAGGCAAGUCUGAGCCACUCACCGCUAUGCAGAGCAUCGAGGCGAAGAAUCCCUUCGACGAACCAGGAAAGCCAGGUACACCCGAGGUGGUUGAUUACGACAGGGACUUUGUGGAGCUUCAAUGGAAGCGUCCUGAUGAAGACGGCGGAUCACCAAUCACUGGAUAUAUCAUAGAAAAACGUGACAAGUACAGUCCAACUUGGGAGAAGUGCGCGGAAGUCGAUGGUGACACGAAUCGCGGCAAGGUCAAUGACCUGGUCGAGGGAACACAAUACGAAUUCCGUGUGAGGGCUGUCAACAAGGCUGGUCCCGGCGAAGCAUCGGAGGCGUCCAAGUCCCAUAUAGCACGACCUAAGAACCUUCCACCGAAGAUUGACAGGAAAUAUAUGCUGGAUGUGAAGGUGCGCGCUGGCGGUUUCUUCGACUUCGACGUGCCGGUGAUCGGCGAGCCGCCACCAAGCAAAGAAUGGUCGCUUAAGGGCGUUACGGUGAUGGCGAGCGAUCGCAUCAAGAUUACGAACGAGGACUAUAACACCAAAGUACGCAUAAUAGAAGCAAAACGUUCCGAUUCGGGCGUCUAUACGCUGGAGGCCAGAAAUGUGAAUGGCAAGGAUUCCGCUACAUUGACGGUGAACGUACUGGAUGUACCCUCGCCACCUGAGGGUCCACUGAAGAUUGACAACGUUACUCGAAGCGGCUGCAACCUGAAGUGGCGACCGCCCAAGGACGACGGUGGCUGCGAGAUUCAAUACUAUCAGGUUGAGAAGAUGGACACGGAGAACAUGCGUUGGGUGCCUGUAGCCGAGGCUACUACCACUUCGGCACAGGUGGGUCAUCUGAUCGAGGGUCACGAUUAUCAGUUCCGCGUGCGGGCAGUCAAUAAGCAGGGUGAAUCCCAACCGUUGACCGGAAGUGAUACCAUCACCGCUAAAGAUCCAUUUGCCAAACCGGACAAACCUGGAGCGCCGGUUGCCACCGAUUGGGACAAGGAUCACGUGGAUCUCGAAUGGGCACCGCCUAAGAAGGACGGCGGAUCGCCCAUAACUGGUUAUAUCAUCGAAAAACGACCGCGUUUCGGACAGUGGGAGAAGGCAGUCGAAGUGCCCGGAAAUAAGACCAACGCCAGAGUACCGGAUCUGACCGAGGGUCAGGAGUACGAGUUUAGGGUCAUCGCCGUUAACAAAGGUGGACCUGGCGAGCCGUCCGACGCGUCAGGACCGAUUGUCGCCAAACCGCGUUUCAUUGCUCCUUCGUUCGACAUUCAUUUACUGAACGACUUGGUGGUACGCGCUGGUCAGAAAAUCAGAUACAACAUUCCCAUAGUUGCGUCACCUAAACCAAAGGCAACUUGGAAUUGCGAUGGAGUUGAUAUUGUUGCCGAUGCUCGUCACGAAAUGUACACUACCAAUACCGAAACCUCCUUCGAAAUUCCGUUCUCCGUUCGUAGCGAUACCGGACGUUACACUUUGACUUUGGAAAAUGAGCAUGGAAGUUUCAGUGCCAGCGCGAGAGUCACUGUCCUCGAUAGACCGGCACCACCGGAGAAACCGCUGGAUGUCAGCAACGUCACCAAAGAGGGUUGUCAUUUGACCUGGGGACAUCCUCUCGACGACGGCGGUAGUCCUAUUCUUCAUUACGUCAUCGAAAAGAUGGAUCUAUCUCGUGGAACUUGGUCCGACGCCGGCAUGAGUAUGGUGCUUAGUCACGAAGUCAGUCGUUUGACUCAUCGUAAGGAGUACCUGUUCCGCGUCAAGGCUGUUAACAAUAUUGGUGAAUCCGAUCCACUUGAAACCACGAAGAGUAUUAUCGCGAAGAAUGAGUAUGAUGAACCAGAUGCGCCUGGCAAACCACAGAUUACAGACUGGGACAAAGACCACGUGGAUCUGCAAUGGCCAGCACCGAAGAGUGAUGGCGGAUCGCCGAUUACGGGCUAUAUUGUCCAGAAGAAGGAGAAGGGUAGCCCUUACUGGGUGAACGCGGUGCAUGUACCAGCGGGUCAAACCAGCACAACCGUUCCGGACUUGACGGAAGGUCAGGAAUAUGAAUUCCGUGUGAUCGCUGUCAACGCCGCCGGUCAAUCCGAACCGUCGGAACCAAGCGAUCUCGUCACUGCCAAGCCACGCUACUUGGCGCCGAAGAUCAAAACCCCCUUGCAAGAUGUUCGUAUCAAGGCUGGACUGAUUUUCCAUGUCGAUAUCGAUUUUGUCGGUGAACCAACACCGGAAGUGACGUGGAGCGUAGGAAGCAACGAAUUGACUUCCAACGACAGAACGACGAUUACGUCGAUCGGCUAUCACACGAUUGUGCACAUCGUCAACGCCAAAAGAUCCGACUCGGGAUUGUAUCACUUGUUGCUGAAAAACAGCAGCGGCAUAGAUGAAGGCAGCUUCCAAGUGACCAUCUUGGAUAAACCUGGACCACCGGAGGGUCCUUUACAAUACGAAGAGAUCACUAAUCAGUCCGUCACGCUCUCGUGGAAGCCACCUAAAGAUAAUGGCGGUAGCGAACUUACCGGAUAUAUCAUUGAAAAACGCGAUCUUACGCAUGGCGGUGGCUGGGUACCAGCAGUUACACACGUUAAUCCUAAGUAUAAUCAUGCAACUGUGCCAAGAUUGCUCGAGGGAACCACAUAUGAAUUCCGUGUAUGUGCAGAAAAUCUACAAGGUCGUUCCGAGCCGCUGACCACCGACCGAUCCGUCGUUGCCAAAAAUCAAUUCGUGGUUCCUGGACAACCUGGCAAGCCCGAAUGCGUGGACGCCGACAAAGAUCAUAUUAAGAUUAAAUGGACCGCACCCAUCAGCAAUGGCGGUUCCAAGAUCAUCGGUUAUGAUGUGGAGCGACGCGAUCGCGCCACCGGUCGAUGGAUAAAGCAGAACAAGGAGCCUGUCAAGUAUCCCGAAUACUACGAUGAUCGUGUGACUGAGGGUCAUCAAUACGAAUAUCGUGUAUCGGCUAUAAAUGCCGCUGGUGCUGGAAAACCAAGCGAUACCUCAUCCGUAUUUACGGCCAAACCUAUGAAGGAAAAGCCGAAGCUUCAUCUGGACGCUCUGAUCGGCCGCAAGAUCAAGGUCCGUGCUGGAGAACCGAUUAACGUCAAUAUACCGUUAUCCGGUGCACCUACGCCAAAGAUCGAAUGGACCAAAGAUGGAAGAUCACUUAUGGAGACUCUUCGUUUAUCGACCGAAACCAAGAGCGACCGAACGCAAUUGUUGAUUGAGAAAUCCGUGCGAGAUGACAGCGGCAUGUAUACCGUGACCGCGUCGAACGAGCACGGAAAGGAUUCUGCUGAUAUCGAAGUGAUAGUCGUGGAUAAGCCUGGACCGCCUCAGGGUCCUCUGCAGUACACUGGAACGACGCAUGAAUCUGUUGGGCUAUCCUGGAAUCCACCGGCGGAUAACGGCGGUUCUGACAUCACGAACUACAUUGUCGAAGUGUCGGAUUACGGAUCUGACAAUUGGCGACAAGUACCCGGAUAUGUUCCCAGAACGAGCUUCACGGCAAAGGGCUUAACUGAAGGCAGGAAAUAUGUCUUUAGAGUCCGUGCCGAGAAUAUGUACGGAGUGUCGGAGCCCUUGGAGGGCAAACCUGUAAUCGCCAAGAGCCCUUACGAUCCGCCAGAUGCGCCGAGUCAGCCUGAGAUCCUCGGCUACACUCCUAACAGCUGCAGUCUCACAUGGAACCCACCUAUCAAUACUGGCGGAAAGCCUAUCACUGGUUAUUAUGUGGAGAGACGUGAGCGUGGCGGUGAAUGGUUGAAAGUCAAUAACUACCCGACACCGAACACGACAUUCACUGUGCAGGAUCUUCACGAAGGUUCGCGAUACGAAUUCAGAGUAAUCGCCGUUAACGAAGCUGGACCUGGAAAACCCAGUAAACCUACCGAACCUAUCACUGCUGGACAUCAACGCUUGCGUCCCGAUGCACCGGAGCCGCCUAAAGCCGACAGAAUCACCAAGGACUCGGUGACUUUAAGUUGGCGACCACCGCGAAGCGAUGGCGGCGCGAAGAUCAGAGGUUACAUCAUUCAGAAGAAAGCCAAAGACGAGGACGAUUGGUCGGACGUAAACGGCGCACCUAUUCCGAGCAAUGUAUACACCGUGCCGAAGCUGAAGGAGGGCGAGGAGUAUCUCUUCAGGGUGUUUGCGGUAAACGAUGUCGGUAGCAGCGACCCGAGCCGACCCAGCAAUCCUAUCGUCAUUGAAGAGCAACCCAACAAGCCAGUCAUGGAUCUCGGUGGAGUUCGCGACAUCACCGUUCGCGCCGGCGAGGACUUCUCCAUUCAUGUGCCUUACAUAGGUUUUCCGAAACCGACCGCCACAUGGUUCGCCAAUGACGUCGUUAAGGAUGAAACUGAUCCGCGUGUCCAUCAGCAACUAGCCGAUGAUUAUGCCAGUCUGGUGGUGAAGAAUGCAAAACGUUCAGACGGAGGACAAUACAGACUUCAACUACGCAACUCUUCUGGCUUUGAUACGGCAACUGUCAAUGUCAAAGUCCUUGAUCGUCCUUCUCCACCUGAGAAUCUCCGCGCGGAUGAAUUCGGCGGCGAUGCUCUUACUCUUUUCUGGAAUCCGCCUAAGGAUAACGGCGGAGCUGAUAUCACUAAUUACGUGAUUGAGAAGAAGGAACCGAAGGCCGCCACGUGGUCAAAGGUGAGCAGCUACGUCACGACACCGUUCGUGCGGGUCAGAAAUCUGACAGUCGGUCAAGUGUAUGAAUUCCGAGUGAUGGCCGAGAAUCAGUACGGCACAUCGGAUCCGGCGACAACGAUCGAUCCGAUCAAAGCACGACAUCCGUUCGAUCCACCAGGUGCUCCCGGCACGCCUCGUGGCGUGGAGACUACCGAAGAUAGCAUCACUAUCACCUGGAGUAAGCCACGUCACGACGGUGGUUCGCCAAUCCUCGGUUAUGUCGUCGAGAAACGUCUCCUGAGCGAGGACAAAUGGGUCAAGGCCACGCCGGCUCUAGUGCACGAUACUACUUACAAGGUCACUGGGUUGAUCGAGAAUCACGAUUACGAGUUCCGUGUAGCUGCAGAAAAUGCCGCCGGCCGUGGACCUUGGAGUUCCAAUUCUGACGUCAUUCGCGCCAGCGCACCACCAUUCCCACCGAAAAUCACGAGCGAUCUCAGCAUUCGCGACAUGACUGUCAUCGCAGGAGAACCGUUUACCAUUACGGUACCGUAUACAGCUAAUCCUAAACCAAGACCUAACUGGUCCAUCAACGGCGAAGAGGUCCUCACCGGCGAAAGAAUCAAAUUCGAAACGACCGACGUGGCCUCGCAGUUCAUCAACAAGAAGGCAAAGAGAUCAGACACUGGCACAUACACGAUAUACCUCACAAAUACCGUCGGCACUGAUUCCGCUUCAUGCAAAGUUCUUGUUGUCGACAAACCAUCGCCACCGCUGGCACCCUUGGACAUCUCUGAUAUCACUCCGGAAACUUGCACGCUAACAUGGAAACCGCCCUUCGACGAUGGCGGUUCGCCGAUCACAAAUUACAUCGUCGAGAAACUGGAUCCGGCAGGCUACUGGGUGAAGCUCAGUAGCUUCGUGAGGAGCACGCAUUACGACGUGAUCGGUCUGGAGCCAAAUAAAACGUACAACUUCCGCGUAAGAGCGGAGAAUCAAUACGGAAUAUCCGAUCCGCUUCAGGCGGACGAGCCGAUAACGGCCAAGUUCCCGUUCACGGUACCGGAUCCGCCCGGACAGCCGCGUGUCAUCGACUGGGAUACCUCGAACGCGACGGUGGUCUGGACAAGACCAAUGUCCGAUGGAGGAUCUCGCAUUCAGGGCUAUAAGAUCGAAUUCCGCGAUCCCACCGAGGAUAAGCAAUGGCGUAUUGCGAACGACUAUCUCUUCAAGGACACCACGUACGUGUGCUAUGGUCUAAUGAGCGGACACGAGUACGAAUUCAGAAUCCGCGCGAAGAACGCGGCCGGUUUCAGCAAACCGAGUCCGCCAUCCUCGCCAUUCAGACUCAAGAGCAAGUUCAACGUGCCAUCGCCACCUGGCACGCCACAAGUCACCAAGGUCGGCAAAAAUUAUGUCGAUCUGCGAUGGGAACCGCCUGUGUCCGACGGCGGCAGCAGGAUCACCGGUUACGUGAUCGAGAAACGCGAGGUGGGCAGCGCGAUGUGGUCCAAAUGCAACGAGUACAAUGUCGUCGAUACCGAAUACACGGUCAUGCACUUGAUCGAGCGGGGCGACUACGAAUUCAGGAUCUUCGCUGUGAACGCGGCCGGCAAGUCCGAACCGAGCUCGUGUACCACUCCGGUGAAAAUAUGCGAGGUCGAGGGCGGCGAAAAACCAGAAUUUAUCAGGAAUCUGCCCAUCAGUCAAAUCAUACCGCUCGGCAAGACUCUUGUCCUCGAAUGCGAGGCCACGGGUAAACCACUACCGACUGCUAGGUGGCUGAGAAACGGCCGCGAGAUCACUCUAGGCGGUCGCUUCCGCGCCGAAGCGAUAAACGGUAUUUAUAGAUUGGUGAUCUCCGAGGUAUGGGAUGCGGACGAUGGGGAUUACAGCUGUCAGAUAUCGAAUCCGCUCGGCGUCGCCGCGACCACGUGCCGGCUAAAGAUUGGCACGCCGCCGCGCAUCGAACGCAUGCCGGGCGAUCUCUAUCUGCCGGAGGGCGACAACACCAAGAUCAAGAUCUACUAUAGUGGCGAUCAGCCGAUGGAGGUGACGCUGAAGAAGGAUGGUCACAAGAUCGUAGAAACCACGCACAUCAAGUAUACCGUCUUCGACGAAUACCUUAUCAUCUUCAUUAAGGACAUUCAGAAAGAUGAUGGCGGCACCUACGAUCUGUCCAUCUCUAACGACAGCGGCAGCGUGAGCGCCUCCUUCACUGUAUACAUCACUGGAUUACCUGGACCGCCGAUUGGACCGCUCGACGUUUCCGAUAUCGACAAACACACAUGUACCUUAUCCUGGCAUCCGCCUAAGUAUGAUGGCGGUCUUCGAAUUACCCAUUAUGUGGUAGAGCGUCGCGACGUCAGUCACACGCACUGGAUCAUUGUGUCGUCCUUCUGUAAGGACACCACCUUUGUCGUGCAAGGUCUCACUGAGGGCCAAGAAUAUUUGUUCCGGGUGAUGGCGGCCAACGAUAAUGGCAUGGGUCCACCGCUAGAAGGUAUCAAUCCAAUCAAGGCCAAGGCGCCAUUUGAUCCGCCGGGACCUCCCGGUACGCCCAAGGUCAUCGAGGUAGGCGGCGAUUUUGUCAAUCUCUCGUGGGAGAAACCGGAAACGGACGGCGGCGCUAAGAUUCAGGGUUACUGGAUCGAUAAGAGAGAGGUUGGCGGUCAGGCCUGGCAGCGCGUAAAUGUCAGCAUUUGUCUGCCAACGCAGAUCAACAUCAGUAAUCUGAUUGAAGGAAGGCAAUACGAAUUCCGAGUAUUCGCUCAGAACGUGGCUGGACUCAGUCCGGAGUCAAAGGCCUCAACCUCUGUGAAGAUCGUCGAUCCACAGGCGGCAAAGCCUCCGGAGAUCAUUCAACCUCUCAAUAAGGUGAAUUGCGUUCAGAACCAUAACGCUCACUUCCAAUGCAAGAUCAUCGGCACGCCGAAGCCAAGCAUUACGUGGUUUAAAGGCGCUCGCGAGAUCGUGAGCGGUAGCCGCUACAACAUCUAUUCCGAGGGCGACACUCACAAUCUCAUUAUCCACGACGUGUUCGGCGAAGAUGCUGAUGAGUAUUUCUGUCGCGCGGUUAACAAAUGCGGCGUAAAAUCCACCAAGGGCGAGCUCUUCAUCAAGACACCACCCAGACUGAACGUACCGCCGAGAUUCCGCGACACCGCCUUCUUCGACAAGGGCGUGAACGUAGUCAUCAAGAUACCGUUCACCGGCUACCCGAAGCCGAAGAUCACGUGGGUGCGCGAAGGCGAGGUGAUCGAAUCCGGCGGUCAUUACGCUGUUGAAGUGAAGGAACGUCACGCCGUGCUGACGAUCCGCGACGGUAGCCGCAUCGAUUCUGGCCCGUAUCGCAUCACCGCCGAGAAUGAUCUCGGCCAGGACACAGCCAUCAUCAAGAUCCAGAUCAGCGAUCGUCCAGAUCCGCCAAGAUUCCCGCAGGUAGAUAACAUCGGCCACGACUCGCUGGCGGUCAGUUGGAAGCCACCGUUGUGGGACGGCGGCAGCAACAUUACCAACUACGUGGUGGAGAAGCGCGAGCAUCCGAUGAGCAGCUGGAUUCGAGCCGGCAAUACCCGGUUCUGCACACUCGCGGUGACCGGUCUAAGCCCCGGACAUCAGUACGAUUUCCGGGUGUGCGCGGAGAACAUUUAUGGCCGGUCCGAUCCAAGCGAGGUGACGCCGUUGAUCACCACAAAGGGCGUGAUCAAGCGCGAGUUCAAGAAGAAGGAGUACGAGGUGGACGCGAGCGGCAAAAAGAUUCGCGGACGCGACGACGAAAAGCCGCGUGACUAUGAUCAGUUUGUGUUUGACGUCUAUAGCAAGUACGUGCCACAGCCGGUUGAGAUUAAGCACACGUCGGUCUAUGACAAAUACGACAUCCUCGAGGAGAUCGGCACCGGCGCGUUUGGCGUGGUGCACCGAUGCCGCGAGAGGACCACCGGCAACAUAUUCGCCGCCAAAUUCAUCCCCGUGUCGCACGUGAUGGAAAAGGAGCUGAUCAGGAAAGAGAUCGACAUCAUGAAUCAGCUGCACCAUCCCAAGCUGAUCAAUCUGCACGAUGCCUUCGAGGACGAUGACGAGAUGGUGCUUAUCUUUGAAUUCCUGUCCGGCGGCGAGUUAUUCGAGAGGAUCACGGCCGAGGGUUACACCAUGUCUGAAGCAGAGGUCAUUAAUUACAUGAGGCAGAUUUGUGAAGGCGUCAAGCAUAUGCACGAAAAGAACAUCAUCCAUCUAGAUAUUAAACCGGAAAAUAUCAUGUGCCAAACUCGCAACAGCACCAACGUAAAACUGAUCGAUUUCGGUCUGGCCACUAAACUCGAUCCGAACGAAGUAGUAAAGAUCAGCACAGGUACGGCUGAGUUCGCCGCUCCCGAGAUUGUUGAGCGCGAGCCGGUCGGUUUUUAUACCGACAUGUGGGCCUGCGGCGUACUGGCUUAUGUUCUAUUGAGUGGUCUUUCGCCGUUUGCGGGUGACAAUGAUAUCGAGACCCUGAAAAAUGUGAAGGCAUGCGACUGGGACUUCGAUGAGGAGGCGUUCCGCGACGUUUCCGAAGAGGGCAAAGAUUUCAUCAGGCGACUACUUAUUAAAAACAAAGAGAAGCGCAUGACAGCGCACGAGUGUCUCCUUCAUCCGUGGUUAACCGGCGAUCAUAGCAAGUGGACCAACCCGAUCGCCAGCAGCCGUUAUCUCAGCAUUAGGGACAGACUGCGUGCCAAGUACGAAAACUGGGACAAGUACGUCCUUCCCAUCGGCCGCCUAGCCGAAUACUCGUCGCUCAGGAAACUUUUGAUCGAGAAAUACAGAAUCUACGAUUCUUGCUUCGAUCGUCGACAAGCGGCGCCCAGAUUUGUCAUCAAACCGCAAAGCGCGUUCGCCUACGAGGGACAGAGCGUGAAGUUCACCUGUCGCGUGAUUGCAAUCGCGGCGCCGACACUGACCUGGUCGCACAACAAUCAGGAGUUACGACAGUCCGUUAAAUUCAUGAAACGGUACCACGGCGAUGAUUAUACCUUCAUUAUCAAUAGAGUUAAACUGGAAGACCGAGGAGAGUACAUCAUACGCGCGGAGAAUCACUAUGGCUAUCGUGAGGAAGUUGUCUUCCUUAAUGUACAACCACUGCCGAGAGAAAUUCCAAAGUACAGGCCCGAGCUGCAUCCGGUGCGCAGAAGAGAACCGCUCGGCUAUAAUGUGUGGCUGGAGAUGAUCGAGUCGGCGCCGAGCUUUACCUUCCUGCUUCGACCACGUGUCAUCCAGAUCAGGCAGACAUGUAAAUUGCUCUGCUGUCUGAACGGUAAUCCACCGCCCACUGUGAAAUGGUACAAGGAUAGGGAAGAGCUGUCCAAGUAUAACUAUCCUAUGACCAAUGCCGACGGGGUCGUCACGAUGGAAAUCAUUGACUGCAAGCCGGAGGACAGCGGCAAAUAUCGCUGUGUGGCUAGCAACAAGCACGGCAAGGACGAGACCAGUUGUGUGGUCAUCGUAGAAGGCACUGGAGAAACGGAGGAGCAAGUAAAAUUAGCGCACGAUUUCCUACAUUCCGGAGAUCGAAGGUUUAUCGAGCAACCACUAAAACCAGCACCACCGCCAAUCGUGACAAUUCACAAAUCCAGCGGUUACAGUGGCUAUAGUUCUACCACUCAAGUUCAAUCAAGCUCAUCGCAAAAUUAUAGCAGCUCAACUUCUUCCUAUGGCAAACACAAUUCCACGACUUCUUCUUCGUAUAAGGAUAGCUCCAGUCUCAAAAUUAACGAAUCUUCCGACAAACGAAGCGUGAAGAAAUAUGGCUCGAAACUUGACACCACGGGCAGUCCAUCUCGAUCUAGAAGCUCAACGAAAGAACUCAUCCUACCCUCGGACGAUUCGAUGAGAUCACCGCAGUUUACACAGAAGCUUAAGAAUCUCACGGUCAACGACGGCGAACAACUGGAGCUCAAAGUCAAGGUUGACGGCGACCCAGAACCGCAAAUCACGUGGAGUAAAGACGGCAAACUGCUGAGCUCGUCAGAGAUCAUCGAUCUCAAAUACAAGAAUGGAGUAGCUGUUCUCACAAUCAACGAGGUAUUCCCCGAGGAUGAAGGCGAAUACACGUGCCUCGCCACCAACAGCAUCGGUAGCGACACGACAUCCUGCAAACUGACCAUAAAAACCGGAGAAAACGCUGCAGGGAAGAAAACGAGCGACGACAAAUCGCCGAAAAUCGUGGACCACCUAACGAGCAAGUACGUGAAGGAUGGCGAAGCGGUGACACUCAGCUGCCGAAUAAUUGGUGCCAAGAAGUUCGACGUGGUGUGGCUGCACAAUAAUAAAGAAAUCAAACCCAGCAAGGACUUCCAAUAUACUAACGAGGCUAACAUCUACAAGCUAGUCAUUGCCGAAAUAUUCCCCGAGGACUCCGGUACUUACACAUGCGAAGCUUUCAAUGACGCAGGAGAGAGCUACUCGUCGUGCACGUUAAACGUACUCGCUCAAAAUGAAGAGCCGAAGAGUCCAGCGUUCGCGACAUUCCCGCAGUCUGCAACAGUGAGCGAAGGCGAGUCGGUGACUUUCACAUGCAAGACUGAUACCGCGCCUUUGAAAGUAACUUGGCUGAAGGACGGCAAGGCAAUCCCCGAGACAAGCAGCAGAUACCACUUCAGCUCAGAUGGCAAUACGUCUUUCGAAUUCGGCAUCAAGAUCUGCACGGCGAACGACGUCGGUCAAUAUUCGGCACGCGCGAUUGGACAAAAAGGCGAAACGAACUCGGCGUUCGCCCUUAACGUCGCUAGUCCCGGCGAGCUGUGAAAUCGAUCUUAGUACCGGGAUGAUUGUCCAUCGCAAGCCACGAAUCGGAGAGUAUUUACUCCAGUAUAUUCUUCGCGGAGAAAACAUCGGUGAUCGAUUUGCAAAUAUAUGAGCGCACGUGUUUUUUUUUCUUUUUUUUUUUUUUGAGAAGCAUCUAAUCUAUCCGCGAAUACGUUUUCUCCAAAAAGAAUUUAUCUUCUCCGUUUUCGUAUGCAUUCAAUUCAUAAACAUUGAAAUAUUUCCGGUUGAUUCUUUUCACUGGCUUUCCAGUGUGGCCUUUCGAUUUUUGCGCGAAGCUUAACAAUAGAAUACGCGAAUGAAGAAAACCGAUUCGGCUCAUCGCAACGACCGCUUUUAAAUCUACGACGUUUCUAUACAAAAAAAAAAAAGAAAAGGAGAAUCGAAAGAAGACUAAUAUUAAGCUCUCUCUUUCUUUCGUGCGCGCGUAUUUUCUGUAUGUAAAUUAUUUUGGAACGCUGUAUUCUCUUCCUGUGUGUUUUCUCAUAAAAUGUCGCAUGUAUGAAUCGCUCGAAUCGUCGAGACGCGGUUUAUUUUUACGAGACGAGCAUCCAAGUAAUUUCCGCGUCUCCGCAUCUUCGCAUUAUGGAUACACGCAACUUAUUACGCUAAAAUAUUCGGCUUUGCUAUCACACGACUUGGUAUAUACUCAAUACUUAAUGGGUACGUCACGGCACAAUCGGAAAAAAAUGGAAUAGAAUCGGAAAUUUGUAGGAUAUUCGCCAAAAUGUCCAAAAUGCGGUUUGCCCGGCGAGACUGCCAGCAUCCUCAAAGAACCGCCAACAUUAUUAAUCUCACCGGGAAUUCCUCAGUGGCAUCGCGAGAACGCCAAAUAUUUAUUUUUACGUGAUAUACUAUCGCGAUGUACCCUCUUAUUCCACAUUAAUGGUCGUGUUAUUAUUUGUUUGAAGACUGCUUUCCGUCUCAGAAAAAAAUUUACGAUUAAAUAAAACAUGUGAUUUAAAAUGA